AUGGCAGGUGAGAACCAGACUCAUGUGACAGAGUUCGAGCUCCUGGACUUUUCCCAUGGCCAGCCCUACCUCUUUGUUCUUUUCCUGUCCCUUUACCUGGCCACGCUGCUGGGGAACUUGGCAAUACUUGCCCUUGUGUUCCUGGAUCCCCAUCUCCACAGUCCCAUGUACUUCCUCCUUAGUCACCUGUCCUGCUUGGACAUUUGCUACUCAUCAGUCACGGUGCCCAAGAUCCUGGCAAAUGCCCUGCGCCCACGGGCGACCAUUUCCUACCGUGGAUGCCUGGCACAGAUGUUCUUCCUGAUGGCGUGCGCGGGGGCCGAGUGUGCGCUCCUGGCUGUCAUGGCCUACGAUCGCUAUGCAGCGAUAUGCCAACCCCUGCGCUAUGCCCAUGCCAUGAGCUGGGGUGUCUGUGUGGUGGCAGCCUCUGGCUGCUGGCUCUGGGGCAUGCUGGACUCUGCUGUGCACACUGUCCUGGCCUCCCAGCUCUCCUUCUGUGGGGCUGCUCGGCUCCAGCACAUCUUCUGUGACGUUCCCCCGCUGCUGAGGAUCACAUGCAGCAACACUCUCCCCAGUGAAGUGGCACUCCAUGCUGCCAGUGUUUUUGUGGGCCUCAGUCCCUUCCUGCUUGUUGUCGUCUCCUACCUCCGCAUCCUGGUCAGCAUCCUCAGGAUGCCCGUGGCCACCAGCCGGCGCAAGGCUUUCUCCACAUGCUCUGCCCACCUGCUUGUGGUUGCCCUGUACUUUGUGACAGCCAACCUGAACUACAACCGGCCCAGCUCUGGCUAUUCCCCAGUAGCAGGCACAGUGGUCUCUGCAAUGUACUGCAUUGUCACCCCCAUGCUGAACCCCCUCAUCUACAGUCUCCGCAACCAGGAGGUGCGAAGGGCCCUGCAGAAGGUUGUGCAGAGAUGGGCCAUGUUGCUCUCCCCAGGCAGCAACGCAUGA